CCGGAGCCGUAGCAACAACAUUUUUAGUUGCUGAAUUGCGACAAGAAAUGCGGGUUAUACUUUCCACAGUUCUUAAACGGGAAAAUUCGCCUGCCACGGCUGUUGGACAGAGUGGGAUUUUAGUGAAAUUAGGAAUAAGUCAGUAUUAUAAAAUCAAACGAGGUCGCUCUACGGUAAAUGAUGAAGUAAUUAACAAAUUAGUUAAGCAGUUGAACAGGGGGAAAAGUUAUUUAGGCGUUUUACCAAUAAUUAAUCCCGAAGUUAUUCAAUUAGGUUUAAGGCUAGCAACAGCUUUGGAGAUGAAAAUUAGUCCAACUAUUUUUUUUGAUCGUAAAAUUUAUAACUAUUUUGACUUACCGAAAGGCUACCAAAUUACUCAACAAGAAUUACCUUUUGCUACUUUGGGAUAUUUACCUGUUAUCAAAGGAAAUAAAGUUGAAAAAAUACCAAUAGAAGUUCUGCAAUUAGAAGAAGACACUGCUAAGAGCACUUAUAAUGAAGAAGGGGUCAGGUUAGAUUUUAAUCGAGCCGGUAAUCCCUUAAUUGAAUUAGUUACGGCGCCAGUUUUUCAACAAGUUGAAACAGUAUUAAUUUUUAUCAAACAAUUACAAAAUCUGCUAAGAUAUUUAGAUAUUUCUGAGGCUAAGAUGGAAAGGGGGCAAUUACGAGUAGAUUUAAAUUUUUCUCUCCAAUUAGGAAAAAACUAUUCUACUCCGCGCUACGAAAUUAAAAAUCUUAAUUCCUUAGCCAAUGUUGAGAAAGCAAUAAAAUAUGAGACAAACAAACACUGA